AGGAAGGAGGGGGAGGGCAGGGAGGAGGUGACUGCAGUGGUCCAGGCUGGGUUGAGACAGCUUGCCGAAUGCUCAGAGCUCUCUCUGCACCCAGCCCAGCAUCUGUCUAUUCUACCACCUGGAGCAAACUUCUCUGACCACUAGCCCCCAGUCUCCACCCUCUGCCCAGCCUCUUACCCUGGGGACUUCUCUGUCUGCUUGACUGUGAGCAGCUCAGCAUAUGCAGUCUCCAGCAUAGCCCUGCCCAGUGCUUGGCCUGCAGGAGGCUUCCAGUAAAAUGUAGGCACUGAAUCCAGGAACCCCAUCUGGGGCUGCACACACAACCAUAGCAUGCUUUUCACACAUGUCCCCACAGGCACUCAUCCUCUCACACCCACUUGCAUCACUAGGCAAGGGCUGGGAGGCCAAGGGUGGGCCAUCCAGGGUGCAGGAGGUGCCCCAGAGCCUGAGAGUGGUGGAAAAGUCUCUUCCAUCAGGGUGUGUGGGCGAUGGUGGCUGCAGGGUAAUAACAACCUUAGUGAGUCCCAGAGUUCUCCCCCCUCCUCAGGAAUGGCCAGGAGGGGGAGAAAGGAAUAAGGCUGAAGCCCCAGCAGCCCACUCCUGCCAGCCUGGUCCUGAGGGGUUCCUUUCCAAGACCAGGGCCUGCCAUCCCCAGGAUCCCUUGGAAAGCCAGCUCCAUCCUCUUCCUGACCAUCUGAGCUCUUGGCCAGGCAGAAGGAAAGAACAGGGCGGAAGCAAGCUCUGUGGAAAGAGGGGGGUGUAGGGAGACCCAAGGCGGGAUCAAGGCUUUGGAACGUUGGAGGUUUCCGGCCACAGAGGCAGGACCUCUGGGGAGCCAAGAGGGCGGGGAGACACACACAGAGGGGCGGAGGAGACCAACGGACAGAGACAGGAGCAGGAGGGGAGGCACAAGAAAGAGGCUGGCAAAAGCGGGAACCAGGGGCUAGUGAUCUGCACACAGGACAGGAGCAUUCACCAGUCUCCAGAGACCCUAGCCCUACACCAGACACCCUGACAUCUGCAACCUUGGGUGCUGAGAGCCCAGCCUGAUGCAGGCAGCUUGGCUCUUUGGGGCCCUGGUGGUCCCCCAACUCUUAGGAUUUGGCUACGGAGCUCGGGGAGUCCAGAGGGAAUGGGAGGGAGGCUGGGGAGGUGCCCUGGAGGAGGAACGGGAGAGGGAGGCCCUGAUGCUGAAGCAUUUGCAGGAGGCUCUGGGGCUGCCAGCUGUGGGGGUGGAUGAGAAUCUUGCUGUUACUCCUGAAGGCAAACUGGCCUGGGAGAAUCAAGAGGAUCAGGGAGAGGAAGAGGAGGAGGAAGCAACACCAACCCCUUCCAUCAUCCCCAGUCCCUCUCCCACCCAUGAGGACACCAUCACUUAUAUCUUGGGACGCCUGGCCGGUCUGGACGCAAGCCUGCACCAGUUGCACGUCCGUCUGCACGCGUUGGACACCCGCGUGGUCCAGCUGACCCAAGGGCUGCGGCAGCUGCGGGAAGCAGCGGGUGACACCCGCGACGCGGUACAAGUCCUGCAGGAGGCGCAGGGCCGAGCGGAGCGGGAGCACGGCCGCUUGGAGGGCUGUCUAAAGGGGCUGCGCCUGGGCCACAAGUGUUUCCUGCUCUCGCGCGACUUCGAGGUGCAAGCGGCGGCGCAGGCGCGGUGCGUGGCGCGAGGCGGUAGCCUGGCACAGCCGGCCGACCGCCAGCAGAUGGAAGCGCUCACUCGCUACCUACGUGCAGCGCUCGCUCCCUACAACUGGCCGGUGUGGCUGGGCGUGCACGACCGGCGCGCCGAAGGGCUCUACCUCUUCGAAAACGGCCAGCGGGUGUCCUUCUUCGCCUGGCACCGCUCGCCCAACACCGAGCCGGGCGCUCAACCCAGCGCCGCGCCGCACCCGCUUAGUCCCGACCAGCCAAACGGCGGUGCGCUGGAGAACUGCGUGGCGCAGGCCUCGGACGACGGCUCCUGGUGGGACCACGACUGCCAGCGGCGUCUCUACUUCGUCUGCGAGUUCCCUUUCUAGCUGGCGGGUUCCCCGCCUUUCCGCUCCAUCCCUUCACUGUGCACACCUCCCCCCACACACACACCAGGACGCCUUUCCUUCCCUGCGCCCCGCGGUGAAAGUGUGCCCCCAUCCCCGGCUGGGCUGGGCACUCCUGGGAGGACUCUUGCGGGUUCGGGGCUCCUUCAGUGUCUGUGCCUUUUCUUGAAGCUGCGAAUACCAGGCUUGGUCCGGCGCCAAUAAAGCCUUGUGGAAUCG